AUGUCGCGCGCGUUGGAUCCAGAGACAGCAGCACUUCUCAAAGCGGGAGACCCUCUCGCUGCAUAUCAACACAUCACUCGCGCUCUGGGGUCGCCAGACGAUGGACUUUUGGAUAUCGAGAUCUUGGGCAAGACUCAUUUUCCUGACCCAAGGCAAUAUGUACUGCAAGAUGGCCCAGAAAUUGGGGUUUCGAAGCUAGGGCUAGUCCAGGCAUUCCUAGUCGCCAGAAAACACCUGGCUGAUGUGCUCUCUGGCACCAAACACUUACCAGAUGAUGAGCUGUUCGCUCUUACAGCGGUCAUCCUCCUCAUGGAUCCGGAGCAUCUCACAGCAGCGAACACUCGCAAGCGACUGAUCCAGGCCAGGAUAUCCAAUAGCAAUAGCUCCGAUGACAUCUUCAGCAUCAUCUCCAGAGAACUUUGCUUCCUCGACAGCCUUUUGACAAGUCGCUUACACCGACACACCAAAUCCCCGACCCUCUGGAACCACCGUCGCUGGGUCGUUACAACAUCUUACUCCUCAGGCUUGCCAGUGGAUGCCUUCACAGACAUCACUCGCAUCGUGUUCGUCGCCGCGGAGAGACACCCGCGUAACUACUACGCUUGGUGUCACGCCCGGUUUCUAGUCAGCUCAGAAGACCGAUCCACCAUUAAUGGCAACGAUAGCAAGACCAAGUUACUCCCCGUGGUGCAGAGAUGGUGCUUCCAACACUACACCGACACAUCUGGAUGGUCAUUCCUCUACUUCCUGCUGAGCAGUUUCCAUUCCAAGACUUCUAACCCAGACCUUGUGCGCUCAACAUUCGAGAACCUCCUGCAACUGGUCAGCUCGCUUCGCCUAGCCAACGAGUCAGUAUGGGUGUUUCUGCGGACGUUAGCCGCGUCAGGGCUGGUUGGGGAUGAGCAGUAUGCUCGGUUCCUGGAGGUUUGUCACGAAGUCCUGCAGGCGUCGAAGGUGCCGGAGGAUCAGACCGUCCUGCGCAGGGCUGUUGAUUGGUGCGAGACAUACAGACGCAAGAAUGACAGCGGCGGGACGGUUGUGAUGGCAGAUGCAGCAACCUCGUCUUGA